CGCGCCUCGCCGCACCACCUGCCGGCCAGCGGCUUCCAGCCGUACCGACCGGACGACAGGCUGGCGCACCCGGCGGCGGCCUCGUUCCCGCUGCUGGAGCCGGCCGCCUACUCGCCCUACGCGCACCCCGGCCUCUACUCCAGCGCCGCGCUGCAGUACAGGCUAGCGGCGGAGGAGCAGAUGUACCUGGAGCGGGUGUUUCGCGGCGGCGUGGGCAUGGGCGUGGGCUGGCUGCCGCCCUACGCGCUGUACCCGCCGCUCGCGCCGCCGCUGCCGCUCGUGCACCCGCACGCGCACGCCGCGCACGCGCCGCACCAGCCGCACCAGCCGCACGCGCCGCACACGCCGCACCAGCCGCACCCGCCGCAUCCGCAGCACCCGCACCACGCACACGCGCUGCACGACGAGCGGGACAAGGAGAUCGCGCUGCAGCGGGAGCGAGAGCGAGAGCGGGAGCGGGAGAGGGAGAGAGAGAGAGAGCGCGAGCAGCGCGAGAAGGAGCAGCGGGAAAGGGAGCGGGAGCGGGAGAGGGAGCGGGAGCGGGAGCGGGAGCGCGAGCGGUUCGCGCGGGAGAAGGAGGCGCGGCGCGAGGCGGGCGCGCGCGCGCCGCCGCCGCUGCUGUACCGGCCCUACCGCCCCUACGCGUACGAGCGCGACGACGAGCCGGGGAGACUGAACAAGCCAGUCCAACCAGUGCUACCAACAACUGAGGAGAGAACACCAUCGGCAGACACGCUACCACCUCCCAUAGUGUCUUCAGCACCAUCUUUACCGCCGCCGUCGAUCUUGCCAUCUGCUUUGCAAUCCACGGUGCCCUCCACCAUUCCCAUAGCUGCUAUCCAGCCUAUGCCAAAAUCUACGGAAGCUUUUAGACCACCCGAAGAAUCGAGUCCGUUGCCAUACCCAGAGAAACCUGCGUUCGUUCCUCCCAAAUCUAUUUCUCAAUCCCCAAAAAUAUCACCUUCAUCCAUUCCAAAUCCAAGUCCUAGUGUAGCCACUACAAAACAAGUGCAAGGUUAUCCUAAUUAUGGAUGUUAUAUGUAUUCUGUACCAGUAUACUCUGCAUUUCAACCUGUCUCCUAUCCAGUUAUUGUUCCACCCAAUACAAGUUCACGAAAUGAUCAGCCUGCUACUGAAGUCGUGUAUCCCCUUGUUCAAACUAAAGAAGCAACACCUUUAGCUAAUGAAGAUAAGAAAACUGAUGCAACGCCACCUGAAAAGCCACCAGACGAUGUAGUUAAAUCUCAAACAGACUUUGAAGAACAUUUUACUCCCAAGGUUGUUUCUACUUCGAUUACGGAAAAAGUCAAUCAGAUAAAUGAAUCCAAAAUAGAAAAUAAAAGCGAAGACUGUAGCUCUACUGUUGCAGUGGGCUUAAAUAAAGAUUCAGUUAAGAAAACACCAGCAGAAAGGUUCAGCUUAAAGACAAGUAUACCAAUAAGUAAAAUCGAUAUGAAGUGCGUUACUAGUACUCCAGAAGGUUUUCAGGCGCCAAUGAAAAAGCCUUUUAAUCCUGCUUUUCACACCACCAAGCCGGAAACUCCGAAAAUCGAAAUACAAAGCAAUGUACUAAUUAACGAAAAAAAUGUCAAGGACACUAUAAAGACGCCCGUAUCAGCAAAUAGUAUAAGUACUUUAAUAUCCGCUGCCGAAGUAAUUAAUCAAGCUGAAACUCAAUUUCGGAAACCUGAUCCCAAACUUGAAUCCAACAUGGACCUAAAGAAAGACCAAAGCGGAUCGAGUAAUUUGCCUUCGCGUCCUAUAUUUAAUGCUAAAGAUAUAAGCAAGCCAAAUUUGUCCACUUCAUUACAUGACAGAUCAAUGAAUGAGCAAAAGAAUCAAAUAUUACUGAUCCAAAAUAAAAAUUCCACAAACCAAAAGAUGUUGUUAGCAAUACAGCAACAAAAUCCCCAAGUGUUGCUACAAAGAACAACUAUCGACCAAAAAAACGCGCAACCUCCUUCACGACCGUCGAGCCAAACAAAAAAGUGUAAAGAAGAACUCAUCAAUGAAAAUGGAACGUCGUCUAAAGUAGUUUCACUUAAACGAAUGCAUCAAGGUGACUGUGAUGAGAAUGAUUUCGAAAAUCUCAUCACUGAAAACCAAAUAUAUGGCAAUAAGAUAGUCGUGAAGGAGAAGACGCAAGGUACAUUGCAAGAACAAGAAAUUAAAACAAAAAACAAAAAUGAGAAACCAGUACAAAUUCAACCUAAAAAUGUUGUUUUACAAUCGAAUUUUGUAUAUCUUAGUAACGUUCAGUUUCCAGCCAAUGUUAUGAUGUUUAAAAAUAAUGUUAAAGUUAACAAUGAAAGUGCAAAAGUCAAUACUCCUCCAAAUGAAAAUAAUCAACAUGACAUAAGUUUGAACAACACCGACAAUCCUGCAAAGUCGAAAUCAACGACAGACACUAAAGACGUUCACAUACUUAAAUCGAGUAAUAACGUAGUCCAAAAGCUGCCAAACAAACAAAACAAAACAGAUAUAUUGUUCCAAGCACCUAACCAAAAAGUAAUGAUUAAUCCGCAGAUUGUAUACCAAGUUCCAAUGAUAAUAGAUCGUGAUAAUAAAUUAAACCAGCAUAUUAUUAAUCGCGACCCUGCUAAAGUGCCUGGAGAUGUUAGUAAAGAUACUCAAAAACAAUUAGAUCCCAAAACAAAUGAUAAAGUAUAUUUCGCUUGCCAAAUGGAUACGAAGCUACAACCAAAAAUAUUAAUAACAAACAUCCGACCAAAGUUAACUAAAACUGAAGAAGUAAGUGCAUUAGAUCUUUACGAGAAAAGAAAAAGGAUUCGGAGGCUUAAAUACUUGACAAAUCGUGAUAACAAAGAAAGUAAAAAAUCUACAUCAGAGGACAGCACUAAAAGCAUUGUAACACCAGACAAAAUGACAAUCGAAAUGUACAAUGAAUUCGUUUCAAAAAAGGCCGACACUGAUGAUGUUGAUAGUGAUAGUGACUACGACGACAUUGAUAUUGCAGAUUAUAAUAAAAUCAUUGAAGAAUAUGGUCCAUCUACAGAAAACGGUCACGGGAAACAAGAAUUUCUCGCCAAUUUCAGAUUGGCUACUAAGAAUGUAUAUAAAGAUAAGCAAAUGGACCUUCAAGAAAGGAUUAUAAGGAGAGAUUCUGUAGCUUCAGCCUAUAUAUCAGCUGGUAGACUAGAUUACCUUACGAAAGACGACCGAUGUCAAAAAAUUAAUAAAGAAUCAUCUAUGGAUGAGAAAAUCCCAAUGUAUUUAGAAGAGAAUGACGUUCAGCAACAAAGGAAACAAAUGUUCCUUGCUCAACUGAAACUCACCCAUGUUAAUAAACAUUAUAGAGAUGGCUACGAGAAGAUAUGGCAAGAAGUUAUCAAAGAGAGGAAAAGACGGAACGGAGUAGAAAAUCAUAACCAAACAAAGCAAAUAAAACUCGACUCGAAUAAUCUAAAUUUAGAUCCGAAUGGACAACUUAAACUUUUAACAGAAAUAAAAAAGCAAGUCAACGAAAAUAACAAUCUCAUCAAGAAGAGAAUAGAUUCAUACUGUGAUAGUGGAGACAGUAUUAAAGUGCUGGCUGAAAAGAAUUUUUCGGAACUAAACAGAUUGUCGAAAAUAGCAAACAUAAGUGUAAAACACUUUAGCGGACAAGACACAAAGAAACGAGAUUUGAAUCCCGGUUUCGACAGCGAAAACAUUCAAGCGAAAAUACAUUCAAUUCCGAAUUAUACAGAAAUAAAUAUACCUAAUAUAUCUAAGUUAAUUUCGUUUAAAAACACAGAGUUGGAUAAAGGUGCAGUAGCAAAUGCAUGUGAUGAAUCAAAUGGCUCAGCUGGUUUGGAAGUUGUUAAUGAUAACGGAGACCGAGUGCGAGAUUUCAGCUGCCAAGUUUCGAACAACCCGUGGCCUGGAGUCGAAAGUUUCAUCAAAAACUAUAAAGACUAUGAUGCAGCUCGAAAAAAAGAAAUUGCUGAUUUAAAUCGUCGUAACACAACAUUGAAAGUUGAAAGUGCAUACGUCACCCGCAACGCAUCAAGAGACUCCGACCGAGCGAAAGCUCUUCUUGCUGAGAGGAAGAAUCUAGCGAAUGAAGAGGUUGCAGUUAGACAGUCAAUUCAGAGGUUAUACACCGCUAUAGAGGUUAUAAGAAACUGUCGAUUUGAUACGUAACUUUAGGUCAUUCGGAGGUUUUAAAUCCAUGUUAUACAACAUAAAUGCAAUUAACUAAUGAAGAAAUAAAUAACAAACGUUUCAACGUUGAACGAAUGUUGAAUUUAUUGACUACUUUUUAGGACACAAUCCCUUAUUUUUUUACUUGUACCGAACAUAACAAAUUCAGCGUUACAUCACUUUCUCCUUUCUUCUUAAUAUAUAAUUUUUAG